AGUCAGUAAUUGCCAACGUGACAGGUGUAUAACCUCCAUGUUGAACUUUAUUUAUUUGUAACGAAAAAAUAUGUGCGCCAAUAUUUUAUAUGAAGAUUUCCCAACAAUUUGUCGAUUAUGUUUAGGUCGUGGAAAUCUACAACACAUUUUGAAAAUCAAAGAACUAGAAUUUUUUCGACCCGUUUUAAAUAUCAAGCUCGAAGAAGAAAAAUUACCGCAAAAUGUGUGCCUGAAAUGCGUUAAACAAUUAGACGAUAUAUUUAAUUUUGUAGAAAAUUGUAAUAAAAACGAAAAUAUUUUGACGGAAAUUUUAGAACAAGAAUCGAAUGUAGAACAAGACGAAAUAGCUAAUAAUAGUUUUGACACUGAUAUAAAAAAUGAAGAUAGUACUGAUAACGAUUUUUUUUUAAAGGAUGUUAAACAAGAAUUCGUAGAAUUAGAACCAGAUAUUGUAUUACAGAUAAAAAAAGACGCACCUUUAAUUUGUGAAAAUUGUAGCGAGAGUUUUUCUUCUUUAACAGGCUUAAGUGAACAUUAUAAAAUAUUUGCCAAUUGCCGUCCAAAAGAUUUAUUAUCGUCAAAAAACGAUAUUUGUAAUAUAGUCGAUUAUUUAAAAAAACCGAAACAGAGAAGGGGCAAAAAGAAGAUAAAAGAGGAGAGUGAUGGCGAACCAGAAUAUGUUAAAGGAAAAAAAUUGAAGGGAAAGAGGAGAUUUUUAUGUAACUUUUGCGGAAAGAAUUAUACCAGAAAAAACGGACUGGAAAGACAUAUUUUAAGCCACUCAGGUAUUAAACCAUUCGAGUGUAAAGAAUGCGGUAAAAGUUAUAUAACUAAAGAUACGCUCAAGACUCAUCUAUUGACCCAUACGGGAAUCAAAGCGCACAAAUGCACAGUUUGCCAGAAAUCAUUCACCCAAUCGAGUCAUCUCAGUUACCACAUGAGACGACAUGCCGGAGAAAAACCACACAGGUGCACAUAUUGCGGAAAAGCAUUUUUGUCAAGCUACCACUUGGAGAGGCACAAACUAAUGCACACCGGGGUGAAACCGUACGAGUGUAACUUAUGUGGAAAACAAUUCGUCCGCAGUACCACCCUCAGAGAUCACCUUUUAAUUCACAGCGGAGAAAAACCUUUCCAAUGCCAACAUUGCGGUAAACAGUUCAAUAGGAAACAGUCUCUUACUAAUCACGUUUUGGUACAUACAGGGGGGAAAAAUAGCAAUAGUAGUUCAAAUGUACCCAUAGGUUUAAAUGUGGUUUCUAGUGAUAAUAGUUUUAAAUAUGUGAAUUCGUCCAAUGAAUUAUCAGUAAAUCAAUUGUUAUCCGGGGAUAUACCGGGGUUUUUACCUACUUCGGCCGGUAUUAAAUCUACAGGGGUGGAUAUGUUUGUGAAUAGUUCAAUCGACAUGAAAACGCAAUCGGACAGUUUAAAUAGUGCGUCGUGAGAAGUAGAUAAUUUGUAUUGUUACGUUUCCGAUAAUAUUGAGUUAUUUUUUAUACGAGGGGUGCGUGGAAAGUGAUAACUUUGACGGGGUUAGUAAUAAAGUUUAUUUUUGGUGUUAAUUUUUGAUCAGUUUUCCUAUAUGAAAUGUGGAAAUCAAAAAAAUCUCUUCUGUUUAUAUUUAGUAGGGGUUUCAUAUUUUUUUUACUAUGGAAAAUUCGUACAUACAAUGUAAAUCGAAAAUAACGGAAUUUUUAUGUCUUUUAGAUAAUUUUAUCAAUUUUUCUAUUUUAAAUUAAUUUAUUAUGUUUUUGUUUUGACUUUUAACAUAUUAAUAUAUGUAAAAAUGGUCAAUAAACUUAAUAAACUUUG